UGCUCAGCCCCCUGCCUCCCUGAGUGUCUUCCUUUCUAGGGUUCAGUUUGCCACAGCACCAGAAUCUGGUAACACCGAGGCUGAAAUAAAGAACGAACACACCUUUUACAACAGACACGCUAGAGGAAAAAGCUGGAGGAAUUACGGGGCACCCCAUACGCCCAAAAGUCACCCUUGAAGAGUUUGAACAGACCUUCACAAAUAAAUACAGGCUCCCAGGUAGUUGGGAUUACAGAUAUGCAGCACAGUGCCCUGAGUCUGCUCUCCCACUUCCCUGUGCAUCUCCUGGAGAAGAGCAAAACAGAAACUAAAAAGCAUGGCCAUUUCUCGACCUGGUCUUCUUGGAACCACAUAUACCUGCUUUCCUGUGCCUGCAGCAGACAGCCAGAACCAGUCUUCAGAGUUCAUUUCUGUUUGUGCUGUGAGGGCUCUCUGGGUUUUCCCUUGGGCAAGGGCCCAGACUGCCCAGCUUCUCUGGCCUCAGUCCCUGAGCAGCCAGCCACUCACAGCCUCUGGCCUGCCGGACACCACACCGUCUGAGAGGAGGUCUGACAGCCUCGCUUCCCACCCAGGACACCUGGCCAUGGAGACCAGCAGAGACGCCCCUCUGAAUGCUGCAACAACAGAGACAUCUCCAGUCCGCCAAGAUGGUCUUAGCUCCUGUCCAUCCAGUUCACAGCCAGAAAACCAUGUGGUUCCUGGAGACAUGGACUUGAAGCUUAAGAGGCAGCCAUACAGCCAAGCUGGAGAGGCGGAUGACAUGCUUCUGGGUGCAGACUUGGGACUACAAGAUGCUGGGUAUCUGUCCGCUGAAGAGACGAGAUUUCUGGAAGAGUUUCCCAGGUGGAAACAGGAGCGAGAAGUGGUCAUUACAAAGCUCCGUGCCCUUGCAGAUGACACCCACACAACCCACAAGACUUUCACCAAGGCCGGUGUGGUGGCCAACUCCAUCACCGUUGUCUCCGGAGUCCUGAGCAUGCUGGGUUUAGCCCUAACUCCAGUAACAGCGGGUGGAAGCCUGAUAUUUACAGUCGCUGGCCAAGGUGUGGGGUUAACAGCUUCAGUUAUCAGUAUUGUGGCCGAUUUGUUGGAGAAUUCUCACACUGAAAACACCCGUGCUCUGUCCAGCCCCCUAGCGCCCUCUAGUGACAGAGCAUGCCAAGAGGAUACUGGAGGACAGACCGCCCGGUACGCCAGAGCCUCUGGAGAGCUUGUGUACAAGUGUGGCAGCACCUUUCAGGUUAUCAGGAACCAUGCCCGUGCCCUUAGGCUAGCUAAAGCCCACCCACACUUGGUCCCCGCGGCCAGACAUCUUCGAACCGUUGGCCAUGUCUCAGGUUCAGUUGGCAGACAGGUGAAGAAGGCCUUUAAGGACACGGCACUGAUCAUGUCCCGAAAAGCCCUACUGAAGAGUGGUGCGGCGGCUGUCCUGUCCCUUAGCUUGGAUGUGUUCGGUCUCUGGGAGAAGCUGAAGGCACUGGAGGAUAAAGAAGGCACAGAGCUCGCAGAUCAGCUAAGGGACCAAGCCUUGGAGCUGGAAGAGGAGCUGUCACAGAGGAUGGAGCUCUAUGAGAUGCUGUGGCAAAAGAAACUCUUGAGAGAAGAAAGGCUUAGAGGUCAUCCCUGAAGGGAGCCAAGGAGACUCAAACUCAGCUUGCAGGACCCCAGGAGACAGGAGAGAAGAAGGCAGGAGGCUUUUCCAGUAGUCUGUGCAACCGGUGCCUGGGGACGCACUCUUUUGCUUAAGCAGCAGGGCUUCCCUGAGCUACAUCACCCCGCUUCCUCCACCUAAUGCCCGCUCGUAGUCAGUACCCACAUACCCAGCAGACCUCACUAUGACCAAUGUGCCAUAAAACACAUUCCUAUUUCAAUUAGCAUUGCAGAGAACAGUCACUGAUGUGCUAAAACACUUUCCCCACUCCCCGGCCCAGUGCAUGAAACGCUCCCCUGUUUAACCGAGCAUGCCCAGCUCAGAGCUGGAUACACUACGUUGCCUCAGAGACUGCACAUGUGCAAGAAGCCAGGUGGAAUGAAAGGGUGAGGAAAAAGUGCAGGCAGCUGAGUCAGAGUGGAAGCAGAAGGUAGAAAACAUCACUCAGGAAAGGGCAAGAAAGGUGUAGUUUACCCACAUGGGAGUACCACUCUGCCACGAAGAGGGGCCAACUGGAAUCAUUUAUAAUGGGCGACGCACCUUGAGACCGUAAUGUUAAGUGAAAUAAAUCAGACACACAAGCUGAAAAAUCGCAU